AUGAAAAAGGAGGUUCUUAUGUUCAUGGUAGAUUUCCACACCCACAAUAGACUUGCUUAUGGCCUUAAUAGUUCCUUCAUCACACUUAUCCCCAAAAAUGAAAAUCCUGUGGGAUUGGGAGACUAUAGACCUAUUAGUUUGGUGGGCUUCGUUUACAAGAUUCUCUCAAAAGUCCUAGCACAUAGACUGAAAAGAGUUCUUCCUGAAGUAAUCGGAGUUACUCAAUCUGCUUUUCUUGGAGGAAUGAAUAUUUUGGAUGGUGUUCUUAUUGCUAAUGAAGUUGUGGAUAGUUGGAAAAAAUCCAAAAAGAAAGGAAGGAAGGAAGUAGUUAUUUCUCAUCUACAAUUUGCUGAUGAUUCAGUUAUCUUCUGUGAAGCAGAUAUGAAGCAAUUAGUAAGCAUUAAAAGGGGGCUUAGAUGUUUUGAGCUACUCUCUGGGCUGAGAAUAAACUAUCACAAAAGUGUUUUUUGUGGAUAUGGUGUUGGUAAUGAAGUCUUAUCAGCCAUGGUUGACCUCCUCAAUUGCCAAGUGCAAGGCUUGCUUCUGAAGUUCUUAGGUUUGCCCCUAGGUGCCAACCCUAGGAAAAAUUCCACCUGGAAACCUAUCCUAGAAAAAUUCAAAUCAAGAAUAGCAGGCUGGAAGAGAAGGCUCCUGUCUUUUGCAAGUAGACUCACUUUAAUCAAAUCAGUGGUAUCCAACCUUCCUCUCUAUUACUUAUCCUUAUUCAAAAUGCCUUUGGGGCUGGCCAAAGAGCUAGAGAAAAUUGAAGCUUCCUUCCUAUGGGGAGGUACUAAAUUAAAGAAGAAAAUUCAUAUGGUGAAGUGGGUUGAAGUAACAAAAAGUGCAAGUCUUGGAGGCCUAGGAAUACGAAGAAUUAUUGAUGUCAAUACUUGCCUCUUGUUAAAAUGGUGGUGGAAGUUUGGAUGUGAGCCUAAUGCUCUUUGGAGAAAGGUUCUCUGUAGUAAGUACCUGAUUGAUGAAGAUAGGUGGCUGCCAAUCUUAAGGCCUUCUUGCAAAUACUCUAGGGUGUGGAGUGACAUCAUAUCUAUUGCUAUCCACAAGCAGCCCCUCUACAAAUUCUUUCUGGACAACUUUCUAAUUAAGGUUGGUGAUGGAAAGACAGUCAAAUUCUGGUUUGAUAAAUGGUGUGGAAACAUUUGUCUCAAAGAUGAAUUCCCAAGUCUCUACAGAUUAUCUACCAAUAAGGAAGACACUCUACCCUUGUUCUAUGAUAAAAGAUCAUCCUUAGGGAAUUGGAACUUAUCUUUCAGAAGAACUCCAUAUGAGUGGGAAUUGGUGUAA